CUCCUCCCAUACAAAUACAAACUAUUAAAUAAGAGAAGAUGAGAAUAAAAGAAACUUGAAAUGAAAACCAACCAGAGAGGUUCUUUUUUGUUGUAGAAAUUGAGACAAAGAAAUUGAAAUUUGUAUAAAAAGUAUAAAGAGUAAACCAAAAACAGCAAUCCUAAAGAUCAGUCAGGAAAUGAAAUGAGAUGAAAUUGAAAUUGAAAUUGAAAUUGAAAGUAAAAGAGACUGCGAAUGCGAAAAGAGCCAAUUCCCUUUCAUACAUAUACCAUUCAUCCUUUCCUCUACCUACUCCUACUAACAUACAGUAUGACAUUGCUAUUCUUAGCUUACCUAGUGUACACAGCCGGUCUUUUUGAAAUUCCAUUUUCCUCUCGAGUUAAACUAAACCAAACCAAAACCAAUUCCUUUUUUUUCUCCUUUCAAUAAACCAUUCCAAACCCAUUCUAUACAAUCUCCUCCUUCUUUCAAUUACAAACUAGAAUUAAAAUCUUCUUUUCUCUACAAUGGUUUUUCUUUCCUUCUUUAUUCAUCCAUCCAUUCAUUUAUUUUAUUUGUUUCUUUUUAUUUUUCCUUCUUUGUUUAUUUCCUUCUUCUUUUUUUUUGUUUACCUUUCUGAAUCAUCAACAUCAUCCUCCAAAUCCUUCUGCUAUAUCUCUUUGCCCAAUCUUUUUCCUAGCAGAUGUUGCCAUCAACGGAUUUAUUAUCUACGGCUUUGGAACCUAAACACCAUAUCUAUCCUCACGCUCUUCAUAAUUGGCCCACGCUCGCACACUUUCAACCCGAUUCAUCCGAUCUCCGGCCCCACUUGUUGAAACCCUUUUACACCAUCAAACAUUGUUUUUUUUUUUUGGUUCAAUUUAUUUUCUUUAUUUUUUUUUAUUUUCAGACUCUUUCGAUUCUCUUUUCUCUCACUGUUCCUCACUGUUUUCUCUUGUUUUUUUUUCUCUCUCGUUCUCUUCUUGUUUGUUUUCCUUGUUGUUUGACGUUGCUUUCGGUUGCUGAUUCCCGGUUCCCCUUCCCCUCUUUUUUGCGACACUUUGUUAAUCGAGGUUCAUGUCAUUUCCCCACACUUUAAAAAUUUCUCCUCCCUAACGAAUAAUCGAGUUAGAAAUCGUACUAGCCAUCUGUCCAGACCACCAGCCAAUUAAUCCUUGAUUCUUGUUACUUUCCCGUGUCGCUUGUAUCAAAUUCCUCAAAUCCGUCCUUACUUCGUUUUUUCCCUUUCCCAAUAUCAACAACGUUUUCUAUACUUUUUUCUAUUUAAAGAAAGCCCUAUACUUACAGAGAAAACCGUUGUUUUCGUCAUUUUAUUAUUUAUUUUUUUUUUU